UGCAGCUGAUUGCAGACCACGCCCACAUUCACCAUGUUGCUCCAUUAUUUCUGAGACCAGGAAGUGUCGGCAAGUUUCACCAAAACCAAUCAGAGAUGAAGCUUCUGACAACCGCCCUCGUCAUCGUUCUUCUGUCUACAGCAGCCUCCGCUAAGCCGAUUAGUUCGCGUCGGCAUCACGACGCUGACAUCGCUGACAACGACUUGAUACAGGGACGGCGGGAAGGGGGUAACAGGCGGUCUCAGGGGUCUAGCGAAUCUUCUAGCGAUGAAGACUCGUCAUCAGAGUCCUCGGAGGAAGUCAGGGAUCUGACCACUACAGUCGUGACCACCACUGCCGUGAGAACCGUUACCACAGUAGCAGGGAGUACACCCACCCCUGGGCCAGACACGAUGAGUACAGACGAGCCAACUGUGACAAGGACAACGCCCCCACCAGCAACAACGCCCCCACCAGCAACACCGACCGCACCCAUUGUUGCCACGUCAACUGGCGAUGUGACUGAUUGUGUUACCGUGGAUAUUCCAACAACAGCUCCCGUCACAGAAAACAGAGGAGACAACUAAACAACCGUCAUUCCAUUAACCGACUGCAAACAACAGCUAACCACAUGCCUAUUUAAAAUGUGUAGUUUUCUGUGUGUAGUUGCAAAAGUUAAACCUUUAUAAAUUCAUAAACAAAAAGGGCAACAUGCGAGUACUUAAUGAGGCCAGUUUGAAAUUAGAAGAUCAUCUAGACUAGUGUUCCUUAAACUUUUUCAGACCAAGGACCACUUACUCAAUACAAAAAAAUUCCCGGACCAUCUAACUGCCAAAGUAUCCCCAAAAACAAUAGGCCCGAUGAAAUGUCAGUUUUGCUAACGGAUUGCCUUUGUUGCUAUCUUAAUGAGGAAGAAUGAUGCUGCGUAUGCUGAGACAUUACAGAAAUCAAUCCAUCUUUUCAGUUGACAAUAACCGUGAACUUUAUCUCUCCGUAUUUCCUGUAAAUGUCACGCUGAUCAUUUGCGAUGUAAAUUGGAGGCAGUGUCGCAAAACGGUCGGCUGCAUUGCUGAAGUCCGACAACACAGCAAAAUAGCCAAUUUGACUAGACAUUUAUUUAAUAUUGGAAAAAAAACACAGUGAGUGCUCCUCACUAUUAAGGAGUCUACACAUGAUAAGCAAUUUGCUCUCUGCGCACCGCUAGGUAGGGCGCAGCGCAGGUAUUCGUCAUCGAGGAUGGCAAGGAAGCGAUUUCCCGUUACUAGGUAAAGACAGCUGUUGUCUCAUUGGUUGCGCUUUCGAAAGGUCUGCGGCAACUAGGUAAAUAAUUUCAACUUUAAGUGCAGCGCACAGCGGCAAAUCCAAGCUCUCCUCAUAAUCAACGAAACUAAUACCUCUAAAUAACUAACAGUAUCACUAACUGCCUCAAGAUACACGUCCUUUAAUUACCUUUAGAUGCUUUACCCAAAAAUAUUAUAUUAAGGUAAUUUUUGAACAAAAAUAAGUGUAUUUUUUAAAUGCAAUUUGUUUUAAAUGUAUAUUUUUUGUAUUAUUAUUUAUCAUAGUCAGAAGAGUUAUCAUAGUGUUUUAGCCAUCAAAUAGCGAUGCUACAGAGCAGCUUUCACACAGGCCAGACCACAUAUACGUUGCAGCCUCUGAACACACACACACACACACACACACACACACACAGGUGAUUUCACUUAGCCUGGCUUAUUACACACUCUGCUCAGCUUGAAGGUGGGCCAGAGCAUUGAUGGGAAUGAAUUUGGUGACACAUUUUCCCUGCCCUAACAGGUGCAACAAAGCUAACAGGAGAAUAUUUCAAUCAAAGAAACAGUCAACACACCCAGACAGUCCUGGGAAGAGGUCUAAUCAGCCAGAUUACCUGGAAACCCAUGUGUGGGUGUUCAGAGCCUUAAAUAUAUGGUAAUAUUAUGUACACAAAUCUGUGGCUCAGUUAUGUUUACCUAAGUAUUAACUGAUCAGGAAAGUACAGGCAAGAUACUCUGCAAGAUUUCUGUACAAGCAUGUUAAAACAGGUCCAUAUUUAUAUUCCAGUGGAAUAAAAAGUCACCCGUCUGUGUCAAGCAUCCAGAGUAUUUAUCCCACAGCAGUGGUUUCAUAGACUGUGGAGGGUGUGUCUUGUUUGUCUCAUUCAGCAAACCUUACAAGACAAACUGAGUUAUUGCCCACAAGUGUUGGUGUAAUUAUGGGUUGUGAAUUCAAAUUUUCCCAAAUAAAAUAUG